AUGUCAUUUGAUGAGAAGGAUAAAGCUGAUAUCGCGGUGAUUGGACUCGCCGUGAUGGGGCAAAAUUUGAUUCUUAACAUGCUUGAGAAAGGUUUCGUGGUAUGCGUCUAUAAUCGAACUGUAUCGAAAGUGGAUGAUUUUUUGGCGAAUGAAGGAAAGGGUUUACGGGCUCUUGGUGCACAUAGUUUGUCGGAAUUAGCUGAAGUUCUAAAGAAACCACGACGUAUAAUGUUGAUGGUAAAAGCAGGGCAACCAGUGGAUGCAAUGAUUUCCAGCAUUUUGCCUUUUCUGGAUAGAGGUGAUAUAAUUAUUGACGGUGGAAAUAGUGAAUAUACGGAUACAGCACGACGCUGCACCGAACUGAAAGAGAAGAAUAUUCGUUUCGUCGGUUGCGGUGUAAGUGGUGGUGAGGAAGGAGCACGUCAUGGUCCAUCACUGAUGCCAGGUGGUUCAGCUGAAGCUUGGCCAUAUAUAAAGGAUAUAUUCCAAGCAAUAGCAGCUAAAGUUGACAACGAACCUUGUUGUGACUGGGUUGGUGAAAAUGGUGCUGGACAUUUCGUGAAAAUGGUUCAUAAUGGAAUUGAAUAUGGUGAUAUGCAGUUGAUUGCAGAAGCGUAUAGUCUAUUGAAGGACGGAGCCGACUUAACACAUGAUGAAAUGGCAGAGGUAUUCGCCGAAUGGAACAAAGGCGCAUUGGAUUCAUAUCUGAUAGAAAUAACAAGUCAUAUUCUUAAGUUCAAAGAUGAAAAUAAGCAAACUUUAUUGCCAAAUAUUAGAGAUGCUGCUGGGCAAAAAGGGACGGGCAAAUGGACGGGAAUUGUUGCUUUGAACUAUGGAAUACCACUUACGCUGAUUGGUGAAGCUGUUUUUGCUCGUUGUUUAUCGUCUUUGAAGGAUGAUCGACUGGCGGCAGCCAAAGUUUUGCCGGGGCCUAAUCCUGAUAAAGCUGGUAUUGUUGGUGACAGAAAAGCAUUCUGCGAGCACAUUAGGAAGGCUUUGUAUGCAUCGAAGAUCAUAAGCUACGCACAAGGAUUCAUGCUUCUUGCGGAAGCAAACCGUGUUUUCAAAUGGAAUUUAAAUUUUGGAUCAAUUGCAUUGAUGUGGCGUGGUGGGUGUAUUAUUCGUUCGCGCUUUUUGGGUGAAAUAAAGAAAGCUUAUGAUACGAAUCCCAAACUUAGUAAUCUGUUGAUGGACAGUUUCUUCUUAAAUGCUAUCAGGAAAUGUCAGGAGUCAUGGCGUAUUAUUAGUGCUGCCGGAAUUUUACUUGGUAUACCAACACCAGCUUUUUCAACUGCGCUUGCAUUUUAUGAUGGUUUCCGUUGCAAAGUAUUGCCAGCAAAUCUUAUUCAGGCUCAGCGUGAUUAUUUCGGUGCUCAUAUGUACGAAUUGAUGGAUAAACCGGGUACAUUCUUACAUACAAAUUGGACUGGUACUGGUGGUAAUGUUACUUCUACAGCGUACAUUCAGUAA